CCCUCCCCCUCUCCCUCCCACCCACUCACUCACUCACUCACUCCAACAUGGCCGACUUCGAUACCAUUUCCGAGCUGGACGAGGACGACGAGCGGGUGGUGAUGGACGAGCACUUGAUCCGCUACACGCCCGACCCGGUGGUGGUGCGAGGGGCCGGCCACAUUACUGUGUUUGGCCUCAGCAACAAAUUUGAUCCAGAAUUUCCUUCAGUGCUUACAGGAAAGGUGGCUCCAGAAGAGUAUAAAACAAGCAUUGGCCGAGUGAAUGGAUGUUUAAAGAAAAAUCUCCCCAUCAAUGUGAAAUGGCUGCUGUGUGGUUGUUUAUGUUGCUGUUGCACCUUGGGCUGCAGUCUGUGGCCUGUCAUCUGUCUUAACAAAAGAACUAGAAGAUCAAUACAAAAGCUGUUAGAAUGGGAGAACAACAGAUUGUAUCACAAGCUUGGGUUGCACUGGAAGUUAAGUAAAAGGAAAUGCGAGUCCAGUAACAUGAUGGAAUAUGUAAUAUUAAUAGAAUUCUUACCAAAAUUCCCUAUAUUCCGACCGGACUAAGAAAAAAAGCCAACCAUCAAGAAAAACCAUAUCAUUCCUGCCCUGAGUGCCUUGUAGAUACCUGAACAGAUGACUGCCAAUACACCUGUUUUAAGUAAUCUACUGUAGUGAGUGUAGAUACCUUUCUAAUGUAUUUUUCCUUCACAAGCAUAUUUUGCACAUGUAUUAUUUUCUUUCUUUAAGGUGUUGCAUUCCCUCACUCUUGAAGACUGAGGUGUUUCACUUUGAAAGAAUUUCAAUCUUGUACAUAAUGCUUCCGUUCAUAUUGUACAGUGUGGUAUGUUAAUGUUUACAGAAUAUUGCUCUUUUACUACACCUCAAGAAUAUUGAAAUAUAGAAGGAUUUUUUCAUUAACUGUGACAAUGUUUGCGUAGAUUUCAAUCUGUGUUCAUAAUGAGAUUAGCAAUGUAACUGAAAGAGAGAGUGCAUUGUAGGAACAAUUACUCCCAUUGAAGUAAAAUAUAAAAUCUAAUAUAUUCUGCAUUUGAAAAUGACCUAGGAAGUGGAGUAGAAAGUGUGGGGGGUGGAAAGGGUAAAUGAGGUCACCAGUGCAAAAUUGAUGUGAAGCAUCAAUCUGUCUCCUGAAAUUUAGAUCAAUUUGAGCUAAAUUUUCAGUGGCAAGUACAGGUUUGAUUAAUAAUUAUAACCAAAAACUAAGCCCCUCUAUUUUUGGCGCUAAUUGAAUUUUUCAAAUAUUCUGGUCGUUUAAGUGUCAAUUUUAGUGUGCUAAUCAUUGAAAGUAAUAUUGAAUUUUGUAUCUCAUUUAAAUGGAUGAAAGAUAUAGCAAUCAAAGAAGGUUGUUUUCUUGUGGUUUCUGUGAUCAGACUGUCCUCGUAAGUAGUUCUUAACCACUCUCACAUUACACUCACUCGUUUAUUUUCUUGGUCUUUACUUUACCUUGUUUUGUCUUCCCUGAAAUUGACUGAAAUAUUUAUUUCCUUUGCAAAAGUGUUCUUGGCUUCAUUGGUUAAACAUCAAGUUUGAUUCCUUUUCAGUAAUAGUUGCAGGCUAUUUAAAUUAGAUGCAGGCUACUUGGAAGUUAUUAUAGGGGAAAAUGCAUUGUAAAUAUUUGCUUCAGCUCCAAAGCAUGUUGUUAUAGAAUGAGUAUCUUUGCAUCUUCAUAGGUACAGGAGACAAUGUUAGUGAAAUUAUAUUUGUGGUUUAACUUUCCAGCCAGGAAUGUAAACUUGAACUGCAAAUGUUGUAUUUAAAACACAUCACAGCAACCUUUUAGUGAAUAGAGUUGAUCCUCUGAAUUUUAAAAACUGUUCUUUCAGGGUUCAGCAAAAUUUUGAUUGAAGAAAUUAAUUAAUGGUAACAUUUUUUUUAAUGUAUAUUGUUGAAAAUUGCAGAAUUAUUGGAAACUCCCGUAGACCAAUUCCAUUCAGUACAAAGUUUUUCUGAUUGUAGAAGAUUACCCUUAUUGUCCUGGACAUUUUUGAUCCACUGAAACCAAUGAUGCAGUGGCCAAUAUCUACUGUCAUACUCUCCAGCUACAAGUUUAAUUUGUUUAUUUUCACUCUGCCUAGUGGCUCCAAGAAUUUGAUGAUUUAAAUAAAGAUGGUCCCCAUACUAUUUAUUUUAAUUUCCUUUAUUAACAUUGUCUAUUUACACUAUCCAUUCAGAUUUUUGGAAGUUCAUAGAGGACCACUUUUUACUGUUUCUCUUCAACCUUCACCCCUCACUCACCCUUCCACCAUGCCACAUUUUAAUUUCUAGAACUUUUAAGAAUUUGUCAAAUGUAAUUUUUAACCAGAUCUUAAACUGAAUAAAAUUUGUUCAGAGAUAGGUGGAAGUGCCAAAGUAAUUAUAUGGUUGCAUCCGUGGGAGUAAUUGCCCAAACCACUAAAACCAGUGAGAGUUUUUUAUCUAUUUGUCAAAAACAACAAAAUCCAGUGUAACUACAGGAUGAAACUAGGAUAAAAGGGAUGGAUUGCAAAUAUAUCAAACUGCAAUUGACCAAGACUUUUUAAUGUAGCUCCCAAUUAAGAAUGGGUUCCCAAGUUAACAAAGCAUGUUGAUUACCAUAAGCUACACUAACCCACAUUUUUAAAAACAUUGAAUCAAAUUUUGCCAUGCAUUUCUUCAUUUUAAUUUUUGGGGGGGGGGGGGGGGGGGGGGGAGAGAGAUUAGUUUAAAACUAUAUACUUGCAGGAAGAAGACGUCAAUACCAGGAAUUAAUUAGAUUAAAUUUAAUACGUCAGAUUUUUUUUAUUUUAUUGUGCGCUCAGCAUGUUGCUUCACGAUUUGAAAGGUUCCUUUUGGUGCCCAUUUUACUCUAAUUGUGCUUUUUGCCAGAACAUUUCAUCAUAAAUGGAUUGAAAAAUGUUAUAAUGUAAUAGCAAUUUGAAAUAUUCAAGAGUUAGCUAUGCGAAUGAUCCCUGAUAUUCCUGCACACUCAAAAUAUGUACUUUUUUUACUUUUACCUUUUUAAAAGGAAGGGAAUGUUCAUUUUCAAAUGUUUUUAAAUAACCAAUUUCAAGUUUUUAUAAUUUGGAUGUGCCACAAAUGGAUCUUAACCGCAGGAAAAUAAAUUUUUGAAUUGUUGUUUUAUGCUAUUAAGGAGGCAAAUUCGUCAAAUCUGCUUGUGGUUAAAAGGAGUUUAAAAACAAUAAUUGUUUCAACAAUCAAGAUGCACGGUGGAUUCAACACUUGUAAAUUACAUCAAAAGUUAUUAUUUGCCGGCAUCCCUUUUUGGGUGAAAAAUGCAGAACACACAUUCUUAGUUGUUCAGUAACUUUAUUUGACAGAUUAAUUAUCAAGCGGUGCAUGUCAGUUUAUAAAUGAUGUCAGCAGAAGGCUAUAAACACACUUUCAUUUGAAUAAGGAGUUACAUUUGCAAAGACUCAUCAUGGUUGGCUUUAUGUAUUAUUAAACACAAGCAGGGGAAGACAAGAAAUAUACCUAAAUAUUAGUCUUUGCACUGUAUUCCAAGUUCAUACCAACAUGCUCAAGUGUUGAUUGUACAGCAAUUGAUAAGUACAUGAUUAAAAUUCCAGUGUUUUGUGAAAAAAGUAUUGGCCAAAACAGUAAAAUGCUGUACUUGUGAAUUGUAGAUCGCAUUAGAAAUGUUUAACAAGCCAUUCGUUCAAUUACUUAUUUACAUUUUUUUAAUCUCAGUGAUUUGAGUUUCUUUAAUUCCCUUUCUUCUCUUCUCUACUUUCCCCAAAAUUAUGUUAUCAUAGUUAAGAUGUUAGCUAUUUGUCUAUUUCUGGAAUGUAUUAUUUUCAGCUGAUGUUUUUCAUCUUAAUAAGUCAUUAUCAACAUGUAUAAAUAAAGUAAGUUUAAAUAUA